AUGGCGGAAACAUUGGCGGGUCUUUGUCGACAGCGGGAGUUCAUUUGUUCAAAAGUCGCUCGCAUCAAAUCCAGUCUACAGAAAGCGGAUGAUGAACAGGUUCCAGUUGACGAAUUCAUUCUGGAAACAUACUUAAGGACGAUUGAUGCGGCUUACCAGGAAAUGAACGACUGCCAAAACAAGUUGUGUGCUGCGAAUCCUACGAAGCAGGAGGAAGAAGAACAAAUCUACGUUGAAUUUGAGACCAUGUUUACGGAGGUGAGAGCUGUGGUCUGUAGGUUGAUAACAACGCAGAAGAGGCAGAAUGACGCUCGAUUCAACACCGCUCUGCAAGUAACACCAGGUGUUUCACAUCCGAUUAGAGUGCAGCAAUCGAUUCUUCCUCAUACUCCUCUCCUAUCAUUCAACGGCAAACCGGAACAUUGGUUUAGGUUUAAAUCGAUGUUUUUGGACAUUAUGAACAAGUGUUCAACGGAGGACGCUGCUACGAAGCUAUAUCACUUGGAUAGAUGCCUUGUCGGUGAGGCAGCUGGUGUCAUCAAUCAACAAUUCAUCAAUGAAAACAACUUCGAAGCGGCAUGGAAUUUCCUUGUACAACGAUAUGAGGAUAAGCGGAAGAUUGUCGACAUCCAUGCGAACAAGUUACUCCAGCUGAAGCCCAUGACUCAAGAAAGUGGAAAGCAGUUGAGGGAUUUAAUCGAAGAGUGCAAACGACACGUCGAUUCGCUCAGAUUCCACGGGUUGACUUUGAGACUAAGAAGCUUUGGGAAGCCAGCAACAAGCACGGUUCCCAAAUACGACGAUACCAUUGCAUUUUUCGAGAAACACGCUUUGGUACUGGAACGAGUGGAAGCUUCUUUAAUCAAACCGGUCAAAAUGAAGGCACAAAUUGCCCCGCUGAAAACACAACAAAUAGCAAGAUCGUCGUCUUUCCCAGCAAUAAGUGCUGAGGGAAAGUGCGUGUUUUGUGAUAAGGAGCAUCUCAAUCACCAAUGCGAUGAGUUUCUAAAACUUUCAGCUAAUGACAGAAACACCAGAGCCAAAAAAGCUGGUGUCUGUUACAAUUGUUUGAGAAAAGGGCAUAUGACAGCAAAAUGUUCCUCGAAGUAUUCCUGUCGAGAAUGUAACAAGCGACAUCACACGGUUCUACACAUCGAUUCGCCGAAACCGAGUGAUGAUACUUGCAAGAACGAAACAGCAAUCUGUCCCCAAAGUGAGAUUGCAUCAUCGUCUACGAGCAACGUGGUAACCCUCAAUUGCACCACUGGUACGAGCAAAUCCAAAGAAGUGCUACUUUCUACGGCUGUUGUGAAUGUACUCGACGUACACGGCCAUGCCAAACUGUGCCGUGUCCUACUAGAUUCAGGAUCACAACUUCACCUCGUUACGGAAGCUAUGGUUACUCUUCUUGGAAUUCAACGCAACAGGUGCACUACCAGUGUGAUUGGAGUUAACGGUAAGGAAUCGAAAAUCAAGCACCAGGUAACGAUUGUGUUCCAGUCCAGGACCAGUAGUUACACCAAGGAUAUCGAAUGUAUGGUGGUACCAAGGAUUACUGGAAUACUGCCUGCACAACAACUCAAUACAUCAGAUUUGGAGAUUCCGGAUGACAUGAGCCUAGCUGACCCGGACUUUUAUAAACCUCAGCGUAUUGAUCUUCUCAUUGGCGCAGAACUUUUCUUCAGCAUUCUCAAGGACACCCGAAUCGAUCUCGGUAAUGGACGACCAAUUCUGCAGGAAACUUUCCUAGGAUGGGUUGUUACAGGCACCAUCUACAAUCGAACGUCGUAUGUGCAACCCCAGCAUUGCUACACCGUCACUCUUGAACCCGAAUGUCAAUUGGAUAAGUUGGUGCAACGAUUUUGGGCUCUCGAAGAUGUUCCAACGGCUUCUAGGAUGUCUCCGGAAGAAAAACUUUGCGAAAAACACUACGUUCAAACCACAACAAGAGAUUCUUCUGGGCGCUACGUUGUUAGAUUGCCGUUUCGUGAAAACAUUGGUCAGCUUGGUGAAACGAAGCAGUAUGCGUUGCAGCGCUUCUAUCAACUUGAAAAGCGUCUGAACAAGAACGUGGAACUGAAGCGUGAAUAUGAUGCUUUCAUUGAGGAAUACAUUCGACUCAAUCAUUGUCGGGAGAUUUUCGAGCCUGAGAUAAACAGCACACCCAACUACUUUUUGCCUCACCAUGCGGUGUUGAAACCCACAUCGUCUACUACGAAAUUGCGAACAGUGUUUGAUGCAUCUGCGAAAUCAACUACGGGAGUUUCACUCAAUGACGUCCUCAUGACGGGUCCGGUCGUUCAGGAUCCAUUAUUGGAUAUAACAAUUCGGUUUCGUAUUCAUCAGUACGUGUUCUCCUGUGAUGUGCCCAAAAUGUACAGGCAAAUACGCAUGGCUCGCGAUGAUACAAGAUUCCUUCGGGCAUUUUAUCGUAAAAUUCCAACUGAUCCAAUUCGCACAUUUGAACUUACCACCGUAACCUAUGGCACAGCAUCAGCCCCUUUUGCAGCAACACGUACCUUGAAGCAACUCGUCCAGGAUGAAGGAGACCAGUUCCCGAUUGCUGCGAAAAUCGUUCUGCAUGAUGUCUACAUCGACGAUGCGUUGACUGGAGGAGAUUCUGUCGACGAAAUCAAGGAGGCGUCAAAACAGCUCAUACAACUUCUACAUAGUGGCGGUUUUCAACUGCACAAAUGGUGCUCCAAUUCAAUGGACUUUUUGGAGACCAUCCCGGAAGAGCUACGAGAGAAGCGAUCGUCGUUGGAAUUCAGUGGAGCAAACGAUAUAAUCAAGACACUGGGUUUACUAUGGAAUCCGUCUACAGAUGAAUUCUUCUUUCGGAUGAUUCCAGUUCGGGAACAAUCUCUCAUCACGAAACGUCACAUUCUCUCUGAGGUUGCAAAAACAUUUGAUCCUCUCGGACUGUUUGCACCGUCUGUCGUACUCUGCAAACUGUUGAUACGAGACUUGUGGAGGUUAAAAAUUGGUUGGGACGAGGAAGUUCCACAGGACCAGAUUAACUCUUGGAGGCGAUACCUGGCUAGCCUGAAAGGGACGGAAGGAAUGAAGAUAAGUCGGUGUGUUCUUUCGCCGAUUCGAGUGAGUGUCGAACUGCAUGCAUUCUCAGAUGCAUCCUUGAUGGCAUACGGUGCUUGCGUAUACGUACGAUCCAUUCUCUCCGACGGUAGUGCAGAGAGCCAUCUUCUAGCGAGUAAAUCAAGAGUGUCCCCAAAGCAAACGAUUCCUCGUUUGGAACUCUGUGGAUUCCUGUUAAUGUCUCGUUUGGUUAGCGUUGUCAUGGCGGCGCUAAGCUUGCAGUUUAGUAACGUUGUACUAUGGACGGAUUCCACGGUUGUACUAUGUUGGCUGAAUAAAUCACCUCACGAGCUCAACAUCUUUGUCGCUAAUCGCGUUGCUGAAAUCCAGCAGUCAACUGUAGAAUUUGAUCGGAAGUAUGUGGAGUCGAAAUCAAAUCCCGCAGACUUACUAUCGCGUGGCGUUUAUCCAGAGGAAUUGAAGAAAAGUGACGUUUGGUGGCACGGGCCUACUUUUCUGAAAAAUGCAUCUUAUGGAGCUUUUGAAAAAGCUGAAGCGGUUGACAUUCCAGACAUAAAAAAGAUAACUUUAGCAGUGAGUGAAGAACCCGAAGAACUUCCGGUUCUAUCCAAGUUCAGUUCAUUCCAGCGUUUGCGACGAGUCAUAGCGUUCGUAGCAAGGUUCACGCGAAAGGCGAGGAAGAUACGUACAGAUUCGGAUCAUCGUCUGUUUCCUACUGUGGAGGAGUACAAGGUUGGUUUGGACAUGAUCGUUAAGGCGAUUCAACAGAAGCAUUUUCCUGAAGAAAUGAAGCAGGUUGAAAGAUUCCAGCAAACUGGUGAUGCUAAAUACAGAUACGUCGGAAAGCUUCGGUACCUGAAUCCUAUUAUGGAGCAAGGAGUCUUAAGAGUUGGCGGUCGAAUCAAACAUGCUAAUCUGACAUUUAGCCAACGUCAUCCCGUCGUUUUGCCAUCAAAGCAUCAUGUUACGAAGAUUAUCAUCGACGACAUUCAUCAGAAGUAUCUGCACAUUGGACCAAGUGGAUUAUUGUCUAUUUUGCGUCAGAGGUUCUGGAUACUUGAUGGACGUAACAUUGUUCAACAACAUUUAAGGAAAUGUCUACGUUGCUUCAAGGUUAAUCCGCCCAAGUUGGAGCGCUUUAUGGGUGAUCUUCCUGCUUACCGUGUUACGCAGGCAGAUGCAUUCUCUCGAGUGGGCGUUGAUUAUGCUGGGCCAUUUUUUGUCAAGAGCGGUAAUCCACGAAAGCCGACAAUCGUCAAGGGGUACAUUGCACUUUUCGUGUGCCUAGCAUCUAAAGCGAUCCAUUUAGAGCUAGCCGAAGAUCUUUCAAGCCAAGCCUUCAUCAACGUGUUGAAGAGGUUUGUAUCCCGAAGAGGUGUGCCAACUACUAUUAUGUCCGACAACGGCACAAAUUUUAUUGGUGCGAACUCCGAAUUGAAUCAACUAUACAAGCUGUUCCAGAAAGAGUCAACCAUGCAAGAUAUCAACGAGUAUUGUCUGCUAUCAGAAAUCAAAUGGCGAUAUAUUCCUGCUCGUUCUCCUGAAUUUGGCGGCCUAUGGGAGGCGGGAGUAAAAUCGGCCAAACGACACAUCAAACGAGUGGUGGGCGAAUCGAAGUAUACACAUGAUCAGUGGAACACCUUGAUCGCUCAAAUUGAGGCAAUACUAAAUUCGAGGCCUCUCGUACCUUUGUCAGCAGACCCCAGCGAUCUCAAGGCCAUCAGUCCGGGCCAUUUGUUGAUUGGCAGGGAACUAACGUCGAUCCCAGAACCUUCAUUGGAAGGCCUUAAAAUGAGUACACUGUCCAGAUAUCAAUUGAUGCAGAAGAUGAGGGACGAUUUUUGGAAGAGGUGGUCAUCGGACUAUCUUCAAGAACUGCAACGACGUCCGAAACAUAAUCGUCUACAUAAGGAGGUAAAGGUUGGAGACUUGGUAGUAUUGCGGGAAGACAACUUACCGCCCUUGCAAUGGAGGUUGGCUAGGGUAGUGCAAACCCACCCAGGGUUGGAUGGUGUGACCAGAGUAGUGACCGUGCGUACAUCUAGCGGAACGGUCAAGAGGACAACAGCUAAGUUAGCAGUACUCCCCAACGAAGAUUGA